CAGGAUAUGAUUAGGUGAAACUGACUGGGAGGGUCAGUGUCCUCGCCUAUGAGAUGGGCUGAUAACUCUCAGCUCCGAAAAGGCCUGCAGAUCCAGUGUGCGGCCACACACCCGGCCAGAAGGCACGAUCAGCCCCCACCCAGGGCCUGGGGGGCGCCGGGACCCGGCCCGGCCUCCCCUGCACCCUCCCGCGCCGGCCUCCGCACUCCGCGGAGUCAGCCCUCCGGGCCCCGAGAGGCGGGGCCGCUCGCAUCGACCCUGCGGCGGCCAUGGCCUCGGUGGUGGAGUACGAGGGCCUCAAGGCCGGCUACCGCUGCGGCUACUGCGGCUCCGGCGAGGGCAAGGCGUCCUGCGGGAUGUGGGCACAUUCCAUGACAGUGCAAGAUUACCAGGAUCUUAUAGAUCGAGGAUGGCGAAGAAGUGGGAGAUAUGUAUACAAGCCUGUCAUGAAUCAAACAUGCUGUCCUCAAUAUACGAUAAGGUGCCGGCCUUUACAGUUUCAACCAUCAAAAUCACACAAGAAAGUAUUAAAAAAAAUGUUGAAAUUUUUGGCUAAAGGGGAGCUUUUCAGAAGAAAUUAUGAGGAUGAGCCCAUGGAUUCUACAAUGGAAGAUGCAGUUGCAGGUGACUUUGCAUUAAUAAAUAAAUUGGAUAUAAAGUGCGAUCUUAAAACACUCAGCAGUGAUCUCAAGGAGAGCUUAGAGUGUGACAAGAAGAAGAAAGAAAAAAACUCAAAGAAGGAAGACUCUAAAGAAUUAACUUAUUCACAAGCCAUAGAAGAGAAGUUGGGCUCUGGUGAACCAUCACAUUCAAUCAAAGCUCAUCUGCUUCCUAAGCCAGGCAAAGGGGCUGAUUUGAGUAAGCCUCCAUGUCGAAAAGCCAAGGAAAUCCGAAAAGAAAGGAAAAUGUUAAAACUCAUGCAGCAAAACCCAGCUGGAGAAUUUGAGAGUUUCCAGGCUCAAGGUCAGGCACUGACUUCGUUCCCACCAAAGGCUAAAUCCAACCAGCCCAAAUCACUUGAAGAGUUAAUAUUUGAAUCGUUACCAGAGAAUGCAUCACACAAACUAGAGGUGAGGGUGGUGAGGUCAUCUCCACCAAGUUCUCAGUUCAAAGCCACAUUUCAGGAGUCUUACCAGGUCUAUAAACGUUACCAGAUGGUCAUUCACAAGGACCCACCUGAUAAACCAACUGUGAGCCAGGUGAGGUUAGUGCCUGUCUCCUUUGAGGACCCAGAGUUCAAGUCGUCCUUCAGCCAGUCCUUUUCUUUAUAUGUCAAGUACCAAAUGGCCAUACACCAAGAUCCACCUGAUGAAUGUGGGAAGACCGAGUUCACGAGAUUCCUUUGCAGUUCACCUUUGGAGGCAGAGAAUCCCCCUAAUGGACCAGAAUGUGGCUAUGGCUCCUUUCACCAGCAGUACUGGCUUGAUGGAAAGAUUAUUGCUGUGGGGGUGAUUGACAUCCUUCCAUACUGCGUUUCUUCUGUCUAUUUGUACUAUGACCCUGAUUAUUCAUUUCUGUCCUUGGGUGUCUACUCUGCAUUACGAGAAAUUGCUUUUACUAGGCAACUUCAUGAGAAAACAUCUCAGCUCAGCUAUUAUUAUAUGGGAUUCUACAUUCAUUCAUGUCCCAAGAUGAAAUAUAAGGGUCAGUAUAGACCUUCGGAUUUGUUGUGUCCUGAGACGUAUGUUUGGGUACCUAUCGAGCAGUGCCUGCCUCCACUUGAAAACUCCAAAUACUGCCGUUUCAACCAGGAUCCAGAAGCAGUGGAUCAAGGUCGCAGUAAGGAACCUGACCGAGUGCGGGUGUUCCACAAGAAAGCCAUCAUGCCUUAUGGCGUUUACAAGAAACACCGAAAAGACCCGAGCGAGGAGGCGACGGUGGUGCAGUACGCCAGCCUGGUGGGGCAGGUGUGCUCUGAGAGGAUGCUGCUCUUCAGGGCCUGAGCCCGCCCGGCCUCUGGGGUUUCGAGCCCCGCACCCAGGGAGAGGCUGUAGCCCCCCUCAGAGUAGACUGUCUCAGUUUCACUGUCGUACAGCUUUUCUAAAAUAUUUUGUGGCAGUAUAUUUGUGAGAUUCUUAUGGUUAAUAUAAAGACUUUAAAUAUAUAUUAUGACAUGUAGGUUGUAAUUGGGGUUUGUUUGAACGUUUGUAGAGCAAAAUACACUAGGCUUCUCUAGUUAACAUUUUGGAAAGAAAAUUAAGAUUGGAUAAAUAAUUUAAUCACAGUCAUGCUAUUUUUGUUCUGUUAGAGAAAUUCAUGCAGACUUCCUUCAGAUCCACGAAGACAGUGGCUUAUCCUGGGACCCUUUGACCCUUUGAGUACAGGAAGAAGGUGGAAAGUACGUUUCAUCAUUGAGGAAAUACAUCUUCACCAGUGAGCAAACCUAGGCUGUCUCCUAGUGUUCAGUAUUAAAUUACUGCCAAAUGUUACACUGUGUAGCUUAAUACAGAAUUUGAAAAAAAAAAAAAAAAUGCACAGGAAACCAAGAGCUCUCGUGUUUGUAGUAGGUGUCCAUUUGUCUAAGAGGUCCUGUUCAUGCCUGUCUUUUUGGCAUCAUUUUUUCCCUAGAGUCAUUGCUGUUAGUGCUGCCAUUUACUUUCAGAAAUUUCUCAGUUUGGGCAAUAAAGUGUGUAAAUACUCCAGUAAUCUACUAUUUGCUGUAUUUCUAAGCAUCUAAGAAAUAUUUUAAAUAAAAUAUUAAAUACGGCCCAUCCAAAAGACAUAGGCACCAAUUUUUCAUUCCUUAGAACGCAGGACACUUGUCUGUGGUUACUGAUGAAAACAAAUUAGUAUGUCCCUGCCUUUGUAGCUGUGCCAUGGUCACAUUGAAGUCAGUGGGAGUCACUCGGACCCAGGGCAGCAGUUAGGACAUCCUUCUCCGGCUUUUUGAUUGUCAGAGAAUAGGUGCUGCCCUUUGUUACAGGAAGCAAAGCCAGGCCCCUCUCUGCCUCUGUGCCCCUAUCCGUCUCUCCCUGUGUGGAGCCUUCCUGUGAUCAGCAGAUGCCCUCUGAAUGCCUGCAGACCCUGGCUGAUAUAUGGAGAGCCAGUCACAGCAGUGCUUAGUCACGGCCCAGCUGUGUUGGGAGCAGGAUGAAGAGCAGAGAAGGCGGGCUGUCCUCCUGUGUACUUUUCCUCACAUGUACCUUCUGCUGCCAUCUGCUUGGCCACCUGCUUCAUUGUGGUCCCUGUUUCUCCCGUUCUUACAUCUUCUAUUGAUUCAUCUUCUUAAAAGCCGUGUUAUAAAACUCAGUGCUGUGAAUAUCACUACUUAUUUUAAACUUUUUUCCAAAAGGCUCUAAAUGUCAUCAAAACAAUAACCUUCCCUUUGUUAGAAUACCUGGAAGGAUCAUAAAACAAAGAUUUAAAAAGUGAAGCAUCAGUAAAUUAAACAGUGUAAACUGCAUGUUCAUUCCAUGAGAGAACGAGACCCCUGCCAUGUGGCGCUUUGGUAACUGGAGAUGCAAGACUGAAGAAAAACAUUUUCUCUUAUUGCAAAGAUUGUGUCUUCCAUCAUUUUGAUCCACAAAGUUGUCUCUCAAGAGUAUUUAAGAGGCUAACUUGGAACUAACUCCAGAAUCUGUAUGACUUUCUUUUUCCUUUUCCCCUGAAAAUGGCUUCACUUGAUGAUUUUGUUCAUGAAAAUAAUACUGUAAGCAAUUAAAAUAUUAAGAAAGUAAGCAGCAGUCAUGCCAUCCCAGAAUAAAAAGAGGGCUGGGGAGAUAUCUCAGUGGCUUAAGUGCCUACCUGGUAAGCACAGUGGUCCUGAGUUCAAUUUCAUAGUACCAAAAUAAAUAAAAGAAUAAAAAGAGAGCUACUAAUGAUACACCUCACAAUUCUAAUGUAAGUAAGAUUAUGCUGUGCAUUCUGUUAUUUUGUUUCCCCAAUAAUAAUAAGUUGUGGAUAUAUCUGAAAUUUGACAAAUCUCAAAUUGAGAUUGUAGAUACAGUGGUAAAUACACUCAAUAUUGUUAAGAUAAUGCUAGGACAGAGUGUGUGCUCAGCACUGGACAUUGGGUGUCUGCGUUGAUGUCAGCUGCAUUUCAUCUGGCGUUUACCUUCGUCAUUGGCUCUAGAAGCAUGCUUGUAAAGAUGGAGAGGAGAGGAACGCUGCAUCUAGUACCUUAGCACAGCUCUAGUUUCUUCCCGUAGAAUUCAGUUUUGGAUGCCUUCAGGGGAAAAUGACCAUCUCGGCAGUAUGCUGAGGGGCAGUCCCUGCCACCUGGUGACUUGGGUGGGGAGAUUCCUCCACUCAAUUGCUUGUUCAUGGGCAAGUUUUCUUAAGAAUAGUUUAUUGGUCCUAGUAGUCCAGGUGUCCUCAGAGACACUUACUUGUUCCUUGAAGCCCUCACUGAAUGUGAAUGCUGGUGAGGCUAGAGAAGGACAAUCGCCAGAAGCCACCCAGCUUUGUCAGUUGCCGAGCAAUCUGCUUUUUUGCUGGGGAGGGGCAGAGGGUCUUGCACUAUAGUGCAGGCUGGCCAAAAACUCCCUGUGAUCCUCUGCCUCAACCUUCUCAGUGGUUGGGUAUGUACCACUAUGCCAGGAUUUCUGUGUGUGUGUGUGUGUGAGUGUGAGAUGAGCUGUCUAGCUGAGACACCUGAUUUCAUAGGAAUGGCUUUCAUCUAAAGCAAAACACAUAAGAACCUUACAAAGACAGUUUAUAUCUUUUCAAGGCAGGACGCUUUACAUUUGCAAACAUAGUGUUUUAUUUUCCUUCUAAUUUGAAUAAAUUCAAACCUGCCUUCAUGCCUUGGGAGCAAAGAUGUAAUCUUGAUUCCCCGGGCUGUCAUCUAUACUAAGUUAUUUCAGUUUCUGUGAGCUCUUAGUUACCUUAUUUUUGUUAAAUGUAAUAUGAGCACUUUUUUUAUAUUCUUAAAGAGAGGCUAUUACCGGAUGAAUAUAUUAUUCAUUUGGCUGAAAUUAUUUAGAUAAGAAAUUACUAGUUUUCUUUCAAACAGCAUAUCCUAUUUUUCAUCUACUUUGCAAAUACAAGUUUUCUGUGAUUUCUUAACAUGCCAAAAUCUUAUGUAAAAGAAACUUUGCAGAUUUUUAAACAAUGGUUUGAUUUUUAUAACUUUGUGUUAUUUCUGUUUGAAUAAAGGUAAGAGAAUAAAUGUAUCUAUUAAAAAUGCAUCUUUUACUGCUGUUAAAUGCAUCUGUUAUUGCUAAUUUAUUUUUUAAUGUAUUUCGUAGAGGGUCUCACUAUGCAGCUUGGACUCAUAGUGAUCCUUCAGUUUUCAGCUUCCCCAGUGCUGAAAUUACAUGCAUGCACCACCGCGCCUUGUCUCCGUAGCCGGCUCAGCACACAUGGGGCCAGGGCCGGCAUGGCGUAUGGUGCAGAGGAUCGAACCCUGGUCCCUGUGCUUGCCUAAGCCGGCACUUAGUCCACUGAGCUAUCUUGCCGGCCCUAUUGCUAAUUUAAAUAAAGUAGAAACAGUUGGAGAAUGUUUGUAUUAUAAGUUAUUUCAAGUGCAUAUUAUUUUCCUAAAGAAAACCAGUGACUAAGACAAAAGUUUGAUCACGUGUGCUGCUUUUUGCUCUUUUGUGUGCUUGUUUUCAACAGUCCAUUUGGUGAAGCUUGAAUGGAAAAAAUAAAAGCAGUUUCUGUUUGCAGUGACUCUUACUGGUCAUCAUACCAAAAACAUGUUUUCAUCUUUUAAAUUCUUGCAUCUGUUUCACCUGCGGUGACCAGCAAACAGGCAAAUCAUUGGCUACAUGAAUUAUAAAGUUUAGUUUUCAGUAACUGGAGCUCUAGACCAUUUGGAUUCCAAAAUCAAAGUGUGGUGAUUUACUUCUCAGAUAAAUGUAAAUCUCACUUUCAUCAGUGUCUGGAAUUUGACAAGGUGAAAUAGGAAAUAGAUUUUUUUACUGAGAGAGAUUUACCAAAGUAAAAUACAAUUUUCUGAAGUGUAAUUCACAGCGAAAUUUUCAAAAUUAUAUAGCAAAGCUGUGCUUAAAUUGUGCUCAGUAGUCCACAGUAUAGUUAUGGAAUAUAUUUACUAGUUCUUUGUCCUUUUAUCAUUAAAAGGACCCUAGAAGGUUGGCAACAGAUGAAUCAUAUUUCUAAGCUAUUGAAAUAAUUUAAUCCCCAGUGACAUUUUUUUCCAGAUUGGAAAUAUCUGUUGGUUUACCUAAUCUGAAAGGGAUAUGCCAGUUGUGGUAGUGCACACCUGUAAUCCCAGCACUCUGGGAGGCUGAGGUGGGCAGAUCUUGGGAAGUUCAGGAUCAUCCUGGGCUACAUAGUUAGUUCAAGGCCAGCCUGAACUAUGUAACAAGGCUCUGUCUCAAACAAAAACAAA